CACUUUUCUCAGUUUCUGCUUUGCUCCUAUUCUCCUCGGAGUGGAUUCUAGGGCUAGGGUUUUCACUGUUCUCUCCUCCCUCGGUGCUCGCCGUCCCUCGAAUCUCGUCGCCGAAUCCUCCCUCGAAGCUCGUCGUCCCUCGAAGAUCGCCGUUUACUCCUCCCUCGGCCGUUUUCCCUCUCGAGCCAUCAAAAUAUAAUUUUUGCACAAAAUCCGAUCUCACCCCUUGCGGAUCCGUAAUAUCAGUCAAAGCGUCAUCUAAUUGUCGGAGGUGUUUCAGAGAUGAAUGCUAGUUUCUCAACAAUAUGCAGGCGUGUGGGUCUGCGGGACCUAGUCUCGAGUGCCCCUAUGUACACUAGUACUAGUGAGGAAUCUGGAGGGCUGAGCUUGGUAUUCCGAAGAUGGGCCACCAAAAAGACUGCUGGUUCUACCAAGAAUGGCCGUGACUCCAACCCAAAGAAUCUUGGUGUGAAGAAGUUUGGUGGAGAGAGGGUGAUACCUGGUAACAUUAUUGUUCGCCAGCGAGGCACUAGAUUUCAUCCUGGGGAUUAUGUUGGCAUGGGAAAAGAUCACACUCUGUUUGCCCUAAAAGAAGGGCAAGUGCGGUUUGAACGCCACAAACUGAGUGGUCGCAAGUGGGUCCAUGUCGAUCCCAAGGAAGGCCACAUAGUUCAUCCCCUUUAUACUACUGCUGCUGCAGAAGCUGCUUGAUGAAUCCAAUUGCGUGCUAGUUUUAGGAGUUUUGUUUUGGGAUCAGGUGAAUUUAGCUUGGAAAAUAAGUACAUGCUCAUGUUACUAGUUCAUCUGAUGCAACCACAGAACCUAAACUUGUACAUUUAUUGUACGACGCUCCUUUGCAAAAGUUUACAUUGAGAUUUUUGGUAAAAUGAUAAUGCAAACUGCAAGCCAUCCAUCUUUCUGGGAACAGUUGGUGCUGAUUUUACGAUUUUGAGUCGGUGAAUGACUUCGCUGGUUACUCUAUUUCAGUAGCAUCUAGAUGCAUUUGUGCAUCUUGUAUAUGGUGCGCAACCAUGAGCGGUGUUGCGACAAGAGUAUGGUUUGGUUUCUUGGAAGUUUGAAGUAAUAAUUAUCAGUUGGUAUUAAGUAGUAUUGCUGUUAAUGCACUUCAAUAUUUGGUUGGAUAGAUCCCCAAAAGGAGAGGAUAUCAUCAACUUUUGAAGUCAAAACUUGUAGAGGAGAUAUCAAAAGUGAUAUUGGUGUAAUUUUUUGGCUGUGAUCACUGCAGCAGAAAUACUAAAACUUUGAAUAAGCGUUUCCUGUA